AUGUUUGAGAACAGCGACGGCAACCAAGUGCUGCGAAAACCCCUCAAACUUACCGUUGGGCCCAAUAUGUCCAAGGGCUCGUCACCUCCGAAUACGGAAUCCAAUGGGCAUCCAGAGCGAACAUUACCGUCAAUUAGGACUGCGAAUAAUAGCGGUAAAGAAGUUGCCAUGUCCCCAAGCCCCAUGGCAGAUGACUCAGGAUCUUUGAAUGAUGAUCUAGUGAGUGUCUAUAGCAGUGCUAAUAGGACUGAAAAAUUUUUGUUCUCGUCAGGGCGUCUCAGUGUUGACAGCGCCUCUGUGCGGCGUAGCUUUGACUCCUCAUCAGUAUGGGGUAAACAGGGAAGACUUUAUGCUCCAGGUAGUGAAAUUCAUAGCGGAAGCAUGGAGUUUUCGCCGUUAGGUAACAAUUCAAUCUAUGAACUCGUCAUGAAUACCAGGCGGAAGAAUUGGCUGAGACAUCCUACUACUGACGAAAUCCCACCUGUAGUGCUCAGUAAAGUUCACAUCCCGGAGUCGUGGCGUGAAAGCACUAGUGUUUAUGUCGACGAAAUUAAACCCAGCUACGAAACCUUCGAGCGGACCAAUAACUUAGAAACUAUAAAGGGUUUUGGAAGGCUUCAACUUGAUGAAAUUGGCAGGGACGGGGAACUCUCAAAUGGACAAAACGAGCCUGAAAAUGGGCAAUUUGUGCGCCAGGGAAACAAAGGUGCUCUAGACACAGUACCGCAGUUUUAUUUUGAUGAAAACUUCAAGCUAGAUGAUUCCCACACUUUCAGAGAAAUUAUUGAUGACAUCGACUUACAGCUGGAUCACCUGUACUCUGAGUCAAGCACCGAUAGAGAGAGCUUCUAUCAAGAGAUAGAAGAGAGGCUGAGCUCCUACUUGGACUGUAUCGAGACUCUUCUCGUUACUGAGAUAUCAAGGUCAUCGAAUAGCUUUUUCUUUGCUUUAGAAGAUGUCGAGAAAAUAGAAUCGAAAGCUGCAAGUGCAGUAGAGAAACUCAGCAAACUAUCGCAAAAGCUGAAAGAGGCGGACAGUGAGCAGGUCCAAAGCCGAAUUUCUAUUUUAAAGAAAAUGAUUAGGAGAAAGAACGUCGAGAAGCUUGAGCAGGGGCUGCUGCAAGCUAAACUUAUUCUUCAGCUUGUUGAAAAUUGCAAGAACCUCUACAAUAAAAGGAAGUUCGAAGACUGUUUAGACAUGAUAGGUCAUGUUAACAACAUGCUGAAGGGUGACGACGAUAAUGAUCCAUACGUACAAGACCUUACAAGGAAAUGGCCGUAUAAACUUUCGGACUUGGACUCUGCUGCAGCUUUUGCGAGUACAAAAGAGUAUCUGGCUAAUGCGUUGAUUGAAAUAGGCGGUUCAUAUUCCAUUGAUCUUUCUGACGUCCUGUUAAAUGAUAUCAGGUCGACUUAUAAUCCAGCAAACGAAAUUCAGGGUAUGGGAUUAAAAGAUACAAGCUCCAGUUUCUCGAAGAAAGACACCGAAAAAGACACAACGUUAGCCCAAACUAUCAAGCCAUUAAUAACAAACUUAAUACGAUGUGAAGAGCUUGCGAGUUCCUUCGAACUCUACAGCGAGAGGUUUAUUGCGGAGUUGAAGGGAAUAAUUAAGGAGUUCCUACCAAAGUCUCAAGAAUCAGAUGGAAGCGCUGCUGACAGGUCGACAGACUCGAAAGCGCCGGGUAGCGGAUCUAAACUGUCUCGGUUGUUAAGAGACAUGACUCCUUCCGAGUUUCAGCAAAUGGUAAUCACAAUUUUUGCACGAGAAGUUCAGGCAUUCUGGAGGCUUUCUAGGCAUCAGAAAAUUCUGCUUGAUGUUGGGCUCGGAGCGAUCACGACGAAGCAGGGUAGUGGUGAUUCAGCCUUGAGUAAUGCAGUGCAAUUAGAUAUUAACCCAGCAUUCCACGAGGGAAUAAGAACUGUCCAACUUCGAAUGGGAAAGAUAAUAGCAGUGAGGAGAGAUCUCAGCUGUAAAUUAAGAUACGACCACUUCCUGGAACUCUGUGGCAUUUGUUUCUGGUUUGACCGCGAAUGUGAAACCAUAACCGGCGAGUUUUUAACCAAAUAUCUGAGAGAUGUUAUGACAAUGCAAAUCAAGAACUACAUCGCUUCACUGAACUCAAAAAACCUCCAAACCAUACGGCACGGGAUCGACGAAGAAAAAUGGACACCAUUCAUAGUCGACAGCGACGUACAACGGGACGUUAAUGACAUAGUAGCAUGCGGCCAUAUGAGUCCCUCGAAAUGGUUGAGUUUCAUGGAUUUAAGCAUAAAGCCACCUGAAGAGGCUGAGCCAGAAAGUUCUUCAGGAACUUCUAAAGGCCACAAAAAAUCGGUGGUAGUCAACGACAAAACCUUCGUAGCAAGCAAUGCCCUUCUGACUACGAUAGGUAUGUUAAAGGGCGUCUUGGUGCUAGCAGUAAAUUUGCCAACUCAGUUUUUAUCAAUCACAGAGAAAAUGUGUUACGAUUUGAUAAUGUACUUUAACGGGAGGGCAAUGGCUUCGGUUUGCGGCCCAGACGGUACUCCUUCUACAAAGAACGGAAAAAAUCUCAGCAUACUGGGUGAGUCCCUUGAUUGCUUGGCAGAGUUCGCAGUUAUCGUUCAGAGCAUCUAUCAACGCUUGGGCAGCGGAAGUAAAGAUUUUGAGCCACUCUCUCCCAGCGCUUACUCAAAACUUUUGCAAACCUUCCAGACAUCAUCAGACAAGCUAUACCAGGCACAUGCACCACCGCCACCAGUGUAG